AUGAGCUGCAGUGCAAGAGUAUUUAUACUCGAAGGAUUUGGCGAUGUGUGCAGCAAAAUAGGAUACUACCUCCUAAACAACAGAGACGUGGGGCUGGUGUCCAUCUACAAAAACACACAGCUAUCUAGGAAAGACGUAAUCAAAGGGCUCUCUCUUCUGAUACAUUUCCAAAUUGUGGGGUUUGCGAACUACAGCGGCAAAGGGACGCGAUAUUUCAUAAAAAACGGAUAUUCUUCGCUGAAUAGUUAUCCCGUGUAUAUAGACUAUGCUGAGAGAACGUAUGGGCCAUUUGGCGGCCAGAUAGCAACAGAAAUACUCGUUAGAGGCCGGAUAGGAAUGAACUCUUUUCCGAGCGAGAUGCUUGAAUGUGCAAGAAAAAUGAUUAAAGACGGAGUUCUAUCGGAAGAGUCUUUGUCCGGGGUGAAGAGAGUAAAAGAUGAGAGCGAGAAGUACAUAGUAUUUUCAAAAAGAAAUGCAAAUGCAAAAAUACUCAGUGAGCUAUUUAAUAACGAUAUUACAAAACGGUUUUCUGAAAACACAAAAAAGGUUUUCCUAGCUGUGAAGAGCUUCUACCCAGCGCCUUCUUCCUUCGUCAAGGUGCUUGAAAGGUGCAAAGAGUUUGGCGUGCAGGCAGAAGAGUACGGAGAGACAAGUAUUGACGCGGUUGUCCAAAAAAACUUAAAAUAUCUCAUAGGAUACGGCGCUCUCUCCGGGGGAUACGAGAUGUAUCAGGUAAACCAUGAAUCAUAUCUCGAUAAAAUCAAAAAAGAAAUAGCUCUGGAGUACUGCGACAUGUUCAUGGGGCCAAAUGCUUCUACCAUUUUGUCCAUGCUGCUGUCAAAAGGGUACGUGGAGGAUAAGUUCGUACAAAAGUAUCUUCUAAUGGAGCCUUCAGAGUGCAAAAAAACGCUGUUUGCUCUACUUGCAGACAGGCUCAUUUCGAUGCAGAUGAUCUCCAGAACAGCGGACUGCGCUCCUUCUAAAAGCUUUCACCUGUGGUCUGCAAAUAUCCGCAAACUACUGCCAAUAGUUGAGAAAAAAGUCCAGGAAAAGCUAAACAGCAGCUACAUUGACCUUACCACGCUCCAAGAGAACAAGAUGUUUAUUGUGCCCAGCGAGUACAAACAUAAAACCGAUCUUAUUUAUGGUGUGUUAGAGCGCCUGCACGUAUUUUGUUUUGUGCUUGGGCUGUAA